GUUCCGCACGGGGGGAGCUGCGGCCGCGUCCCGGCGGCGGUAUGGGCUGGAGCUGACGGCGCCCGCCCCGCACACGCCGAGCGCGGGCGGAGGCAAAAGUUGCGUCUCGCCCGCCCGCGGGAGAAACUUGGCGAGGCGGGGCGGGAGAGUGGAGCCGCGCGGUGCGGGGCCAUGCCCGCCGCCAGCCUGCUGCCGCUGUUCGGGGGCGCGGCGGGGCCGGGGGCGCUGGGCGGCCCCGCGGGCGGCCCCGCGGGCGGCGGGGGCAGGAAGGCGUCGGGCCCCGGCGCGUUCCGGCUGACGGAGAAGUUCGUGCUGCUGCUGGUGUUCAGCGCCUUCAUCACCCUUUGCUUCGGGGCCAUCUUCUUCCUGCCCGACUCCUCCAAGCUGCUCAGCGGCGUGCUGUUCCACUCGGCCGCCCUACAGCCGCCGCCGCCGCCGCCCGGCGGGCAGCCCCGCGCCCCGCAGCACCCCGGGGGCGGCGCGGGCACCGGCAGCCUGGAGCGCAUCCGCGCCGACCACGAGCGGGCUCUGCGCGAGGCCAAGGAGACGCUGCAGAAGCUGCCCGAGGAGAUCCGCAGGGACAUCCGCCAGGACAAGGAGAAACUUCUGCAGGACGCCCGCGGCAGGAAGGAAGCGGGAGCCCCGGGGCUGCCCCAGCGCCCUUACCGACAGCCCAUGGGCGCCGCGGGGCGGGAGCCCGCAGAUCCCGGUGUCCGGCAGCGGAGGGCGAAGAUCAAAGAGAUGAUGGAACAUGCCUGGCAUAAUUAUAAGCGUUACGCAUGGGGAUUAAAUGAACUGAAACCUAUAUCUAAGCAAGGACAUUCAAGCAAUUUAUUUGGUAACAUACAAGGAGCAACAAUAGUGGAUGCCCUUGAUACACUAUACAUCAUGGAAAUGAAAGAGGAGUUCAAGGAAGCCAAGGAGUGGGUUGAAAAAAACUUAGAUUUCAAUGUGAACACUGAAAUUUCGGUAUUUGAAGUGAACAUCCGUUUUGUUGGUGGACUACUUUCAGCCUAUUAUCUUUCAGGAGAAGAGGUUUUCCGAAAAAAGGCAGUGGAGCUUGGAGAGAAAUUAUUACCUGCUUUCAACACUCCCACGGGGAUACCUUGGGCUUUGCUUAAUAUCAAGAGUGGAAUUGGUCGAAAUUGGCCGUGGGCUUCUGGCGGCAGCAGCAUUUUGGCGGAAUUUGGAACUUUGCAUCUGGAGUUUGUACACUUGAGCCAUCUGUCUGGAAACCCUGUCUUUGCUGAAAAGGUAAUGAAUAUUCGAAAAGUUCUAAGUCGACUGGAUAAACCAGAGGGCCUUUACCCCAACUAUCUGAAUCCCAGCAGUGGCCAGUGGGGCCAGCAUCAUGUCUCCAUUGGAGGACUUGGGGAUAGUUUUUAUGAAUAUUUGCUCAAGGCAUGGCUGAUGUCAGACAAGACAGACGAAGAAGGCAAGAAAAUGUAUUAUGAUGCUGUUCAGGCCAUAGAGACCCACCUCAUUCGCAAAUCAAGCGGGGGGCUGACAUACAUCGCUGAGUGGAAGGGUGGACUGCUUGAACACAAGAUGGGACAUCUCACUUGUUUUGCUGGAGGCAUGUUUGCUCUUGGAGCAGACGGAGCACCUGAUGACAAGACAGGCCAUCAUAUUGAGCUUGGUGCUGAAAUUGCUAGGACCUGCCAUGAGUCCUAUGACCGUACAAGCAUGAAACUGGGACCAGAAGCCUUCAGAUUUGAUGGUGGUGUUGAGGCCAUUGCUACAAGACAAAAUGAAAAAUACUACAUCCUACGACCAGAAGUCAUAGAGACCUACAUGUACAUGUGGCGGCUCACUCACGACCCAAAGUACAGGGAGUGGGGAUGGGAAGCUGUAGAGGCACUGGAAAAACAUUGCAGAGUAGAUGGUGGCUAUUCUGGCAUUAGAGAUGUUUAUCACAAUCAUGAAAGCCAUGAUGAUGUGCAGCAAAGUUUCUUCCUUUCAGAGACACUCAAGUACUUGUAUUUGCUGUUUUCUGAAGAUGAUCUUCUUCCAUUUGAACACUGGGUCUUCAACACAGAGGCUCAUCCUCUCCCUAUUCUUCACAAUGAUGAUGAGAAUAAAGAAGAAAACCCGAAAUAGAUGAAGAUUUUUGUUUUGCUCUUUAGAUCUCUUUUGAAGACUUGGGCACAUGAUUAGGGUUUAAAUUCCUGUGUUAAAUUUUUAAAUCAAGUGCUUUGCAGUCUGUUUUCUUUAACAGUAAAUACUUAUGAAUGGACUUCCAACUCUUCACUCCUCUUAUCCAGCUGAACCAGUUCCUGGAAGAGAUAUAGGACCUCUCUCCAGAUUUUGUUAGGCUGCAGUAUCACCUUGGCCAAAAGGAGCAGAGUGUCUGCACGUUGUUCCUGUCAUGCUUUUAAUUUGACUGCAAAAUUCUUUCCUCCUCUAUGAGGAGAUGUCUGCUUUAAGCUGUAAUAUUUUGCCAUGUUGCAAAAAGCCAUAUUGAAUUAAGUAUAAAGAGCUUUUUUUCCCUUUUUUUUUUGUUCUCUGUUAAUUUGUUUUGUGUGUCAUCCAAGACAAAUCUUGUGACUGUGACAGCCUCUUCUUAUGCGGGUCUAUCAUCACUUGGUAAAGUAUCUGAUGUAUUUCAUUGUCAUUGAAUUCCACAUAGGAAUAUUUUCAUCUCAUGCAGACACAACUCUGAAACUGUGGUAUGCGUUGAAGUUAGUCUAAACUUAGUUUUUAUGAAUUUAGCACAUUAGAUAGCAGACCUUAGUUUUUUGAGUUUUGAUUAGAAUAUUGUAAUAGAACAAAUUGAUUCCUUCCUUUUCUAAGUGGUAUUAUUCUCAUGUCUUUAGUCAGGCUAAUAUGGAGUAAAAUAAGAUAGUCAUUUCAUAUCAAGAAAGGAAGUCUUGCCUCCUUUAUAUAUUUAGUCCAGUAGCUUUCAUUUGGUUGGAUGGUAAAAAGACAAAAAUUAUUGGAUGACCUUUUCCUGGUAGCUGAGAAUUGUACCAGAAACAAUUUGUUUGGUUUUCUGGGACUCAAACAUUCAGAUAAGUUCAGACUUGACACCAGACUUGAUAAUUUACUGUCACAAAGCAAUUUAAUAUAUCUACAUGAAUAAAAUCAGAUGUCCAAAUUCCUUGAAGAAAAUUUGUCCACUUAAAAGAUAAUAAUUCAGAGAGGAAAUUUUCCAGUGUAGAACUAAAACUUUCUGAAAGCACCGAGUCCGUUUGCUCUGAGCGACUUUAAAUGCUUAAAGUUAUUCCCUAGAUUAGAGGCCUGGCUUACUAAGAAGGGUUAGAGCUAUGCCAAAAAUGUUCUACUUUGUACCAUCGCCAAAGGGGAAAAAAAACAGGCACCAUUAAUUCUUAUUUCUACUGAAGUGUAAUUUGGAGUCGUUUACAUGAUUAUUAAGUCUACGUAGGUUUUCAUUUAAUGACAAUAUGACUUUCGUAUGUUUGGAAUAGGGUAUAACACCUGGCUUCCCAUUCUGAGAAAACACAUUAUUCACUGAUUUGACUGCAGCAAAACAAAUAUGGUUCUUAACAGUAAUCUUCUUUAAAGGUAUUUAGUAAGAUAGCUCACAUUUCCAGCAAAGCUAAUCACAGGGGAGGAAGCACAUUUGUUUAGGCAUUACAUAGUAUGUUUUUUUCCUGUACUGGUAGAGGUCUGUGAUGUAGUUUUUCAGAGGUAGAAGCCAAGAGCAAAGAUAACAUUUUUGCAUCUGGUAGCCAGAGGCUGACCCAUAACCGUGACCCUCUGGAGUCCAUAAAGACAGCAGAGCUGCUCUGCUUCCCCUGCAAACAGAGAAGGUGGCACGUGCCACGUGAGCUGCCAAAGACAUUUAUGUAGGAGGCAAAGCAAGAGGCUCUGCGGUAAUGCAGCACAGGACUGGCAGAGCUGUGCAUUCCUGCGUGAAUGGGGCUGAGCCUGGGCAACCUAGAGCUGGGCCAAGUAGCACGGAGAAACUCUGUGGAGUAAAACAAAAAUUCUCUUUCCUCUGUAACCAAAAAGUAAUAAUAAUUAAUUCUGUCUCAGUUAUCUUUAUUAGGUCAUCUGCUGCUGCGUUAUCACAUGGUUGUGCAUGUGCUGCUGUAUGCCUCCUAUCUGUUAAAUAUUUACAGUAGCUCAGACAAAAACAGCCUUUGAGAAAUGUGUUUUGUAAGCCUCUUUUUACGUGGUUUUGUUAACCACAGUAUGUUUCCCCUAGAAGUGUCUAGUGAUCCUGUUAAGAUUUCUUAACAAGCUGAAAAGAAACAGUGGAGUCGCUCUUCUCUGUGUUUCAAAAAGCAGGCUAGAAACACACAACUACCGUAUGCAUUGGGCCCUUUGUAACAUAAAUAUAAGCAUCAUGACUGUUUCCUUGUAAAACAGACAUUUAGUAUGAAUAUAUAUAUUUCUUUUUAGUUUGGGAGUUGUGAAAGAGCACAAAUUUGAUGUGACUGGUAUUGGUAUUCAGGUUGUAUGUAAAAACUGCACUAUACUGUACUUUUUGUAAACUAAUGUAAGUAGACGAGAAGAUUGUACAAUGUAUAAAUCUGCCAAGUGUAAGAAAAAAACACUUUUCAUAAACUGAGAAUAUAUUGAUUUUUCUCCCUUUUCUUUUUUUUUAAAAAAAAAUAACCCCAAAACACCAAAGUCAGUACUUACAACUGCUUAUUAGGUUGCUGAGAUAACAUGCAUUUUAUUUCCUGUUCAUGAACCAGCUGCGUGGAAGUGGCUGGUGAUGGUCACCUUGUCCCCAGUCCUUCAUAAGAGCAAAAGAAAUUGCUUGGUGGGGGUGUAGGGGCAUUAUCUUUGCAUAAACACACUGCCUACACUUUCCAUUUCUUUGUAGCAUCAUAAUGAAUUUGAAACUGCAUAUGUUAAAUCCUAAGAGGUAGAUCACUUUAAAUGGCACCCACGUUGUGUCAUGGGAAAAAAAAUGUUUUAAUUGUUUGUGAGAUACGUGUUGCAUAUGUGUUGGUUGUACACAGAUUUUUGCAAUGCCCAGUAGCUCACUGUUUCUAUGGUGACUUCAUCAUACAUAUUAUCCAUUUCUAUCAUGCAUUUAAAUUGGUUUUGAUUUGUACAUAGCUCAUCUAGUCUUUUCAUCUUUGUAUUAACUGAAAUUAUGGAAUAUAUAAUAGAUCAAGAUGCUUAAUUUUUAAGAACUUAUAUUUGUAAAAAUUUCUCUAUUGUGAAUAAAGUCUUUUAAU